UGAAGUUGUAUGUUUUCCAAUAUUUUAAACUUUGGAGCUGUGAGACAUCAGUACAAAUUUUAAUGUUCCCAAUCUUGUUACAAGACAAGUGAUGCAAGAACCAAGGACUCUUACAGUAAUGAAAAGGUGCAUAUAUGUUUAAGAUUUGAUUCUGUGUCAGUCCAAUUGACAAAGACUGUUAGCUAAUUUAUUUACCCUAAAGAAAAAGGAAGCUUUUUCAAUUCUAUAGCUUCUCAACCACAGUCAAAAAUGGAUAUCAAGUGUCCUAAAUUUGAUCAUAAGUCUGUCAAUUCUUUUGGAUUCCAAUCUGAUAAUUGCCCUACUCCAAGUUUUGAAUCUUCAUCACUGAACAGCAAGAGGAAUGCAGCUGAAAUCUUGGACUAUAAAGAGGUUAUGACAUCUUCUUAUCCUCGCAAAAGACACAACUAUGGCUAUCCAACCAAGUCCACAGUAUCUUAUUAUCCACCUAAAGAUACUCCAGACAAUAGAUGUGUCGGUGUGAGCCAUCCUGGGAGUUUGAUCUCAAAUGAAGCUCCAUCUUGGGCUGGCCCUUCUUCCAACAAAGUUUCUCUGACACAAGCUCAAAAUUCUGGUGUUGGUCCUGGCUGGAAGCCAUGGAGGUUGCCUCCUGCCAAGUCCUGUAGAAAUAUUGGUCCCAGCAGGAGAAAGAGUUCAUCAUCAAAACCCACUUAUGUUCGUCCCUCUAUAAAACCGGGGGUGUCUGCAAAAUUUAUCCCUGAUCAAAGAAAUAGAUCUGCUUCUGGAGCAAAUUUAUCAUCCUCUAAUUUUACCAAAGACAACUCCAAAGAAUUUGUUUCUCACCCACGUCAAGGAUCCAGCAAACAUGACUCUGAUGAAGAACAGUGGAGGCAUCAGAAGAAAAAUAGCAGCUUGAGUGAACUUGUUGGGCCACAGCAGUGUUGUGAGAUUGUUGGUCAGCCGUCCAUAUCUCUGCCAAGCUCAAAAGUGCGCAAGGAAAUAGAGUCUGCUCAGUUCUCCAACUGCAUUAUCUGGGGCCCACCUGGCUGUGGCAAGAGCUGCCUAGGAAGCAUCCUUGCCAAGCGCUGCAGUGCCAGAGGCUGCGGCUGGCGGUACAAGAGCGUGUCAGGCGCGCUACUCUCACCAGAUAUGUUGAGCCAGAUCCUCGUGAGCAACAAGAGCCUCAAGCGCAAUCGACUUCUGCUCUUUGUUGAUGAUCUGCACUGCACUUCUCUUCAUGUUCAGAACUUGUUGGCCAGCUCUCUGGACGAUGACGACGUCGUCUUGAUCGCCACCAGCCUUCAUGAGCCAAGGUCCUCCUUCAGCCCUGCAAUCAUUUCACGGUGUGAUCUGCUUGAGCUGCACGCACUGCAGGCUAAUCAUUUGGAAACAAUCUUGAGACGAGCGCUGAGGCGAUUGCGAAUAUUAAUCAUUAAUCAAGAAGCCGACAAAGAUAAGUCCGAUCCUAAAGUGGAUGAAAGCAUCUUGAAGAAUAGCUCUACCACAAACACUGCUUCGAACAUCAUUUCUGAGGAUCGCCUUAUAAAUCCAGCAAAGAAGCCUAAGUUGGAAUACAACUUAACUGAAAAGAAUGAAUGUGGUAACAAAUUGACUCCUGCACAGAAAUCAGUGAGCAGCUCUGGGCUCACUGGAUCAGAAAAUGCUAAAAAGAUUAUCCCUAAACUUGAAGGUCCAGUUUGUGUAGAAGCAAAGCUGCCCGUCACUGCUCAGCUUCCAAAGAGUCGCAGCUCAGCUAUCAACGACAACGGCAUUGAAGACAUGUCGGACGAAGAGGAUGAGUCAAUCUUGGACGUGCUCACCAAAGACCUGGACAAGAUCAGUGAUGAGUUCAAAAUUGAACACGACGGCGAAUGUAGCAGCAAAGAGGGAGACAAGUUGCUCCCCAAUGAUUUGGAUUGCGUUUCAGAUGACGAGUUCUUCGACAACGGCAACGCCCGCCACGUCAGCACCCUAGAGAGCAUCGACUCUUCUGAGGACGAAGCGGGGGACGUAACACACGCCAGCAACUGUCAAGCCAUCGGCAUAACUCGCGACGCCAUGACACUUCUGUGCGAGCAAGUUCGCGGCGACGGACGCGUGUUGCUGCGAGUGCUGCAGCAGCUCAUGAGGGAGGCGUGUGCAGGUGCUGGCCCCGGUGAGCAUCUCAAACCAACGUCCUCAGUUCGCAAGAUGACGCGCAAGAAUGUCAGCGACCCUCCGUCCAGCAGAAUGCCAUUAUCCAAAGAAGUUCAUCGCGAUGAAAAACGAAAAAGUACCGACAGUGGUGCGUUAAGAAUUGCUAAUUACGGAUCAAAUGAUAGCCAGAAUGAGAGGGUGGUCACCUACAUCAAAGAUGAACUUAACACCGACGACAUCAGCUCCGAUGAGGAUGCCGAGGGUGGACGACAAAGACGACCAUUCAGUGGCGAUGUUAAAGAUGACUUGGAUAAUGUAUCAGAUGUUUCUGAUGGUUCUGUUAACCUCUCAAGAAAUUAUGAUGAACUAAACACUGCGGGUAAAACUAUCAUUGAAAAUAAUUCAAAACCUGAAGACUUGAUAGGCUCUGAUGAUGUUUUAUCUGAUGCACUAUCUUCAGAUGAUAUUUUAGAUUAUGAUGAAAUUGACGAAGAAUCAAGUUUGAAUCGCGCAACAGAAAAGUCAAAGUUUGUAGCAGAAGGUCGGGAACAUGAGAGCAUGUCACAAGGAAGCACGGCUGCUUUUAGCCAGGGGCAGCUUAGCGACAGCACACACAUGUUGCGGAACAAAGGCCGCACAGAAAUUAUGGGCAAAAGUGGGUCCCAGGACAGGAAGUGUCCUGCUGACUCGUUUGUGGAUGGAGACUUGAUGAAAGAUAAAAGCUUCAAGGAGGCAUCUACAAAAGGUCAAAAUAAAGUAAUGGCUGUCAUCGAUGUCCAGCUUGUGCGCAUGGCUUUCCAGACUGGCGGUGACCAGGCAGCCAAGGUCGCAGUACAGCAGAGUAUCAGCGCCGGCGACGAGACCGCCGCCCUGCGUGGCGUGGCCGCCUUCUUGCAGCACGACAGCUCAGCCGCCGCCGCCAGGCUACUUCUCGAGACCGCCAUCUCGUCUAUUGGACGAGGAUGUACAGGAUGCACCUUGUAUCCUCUCACAGACUUGUAUCCUCUCACAGCCUUGUAUCCUCUCACAGCAUGCAUCAUGUCGAGUUAG